AUGUCGUUUGAACUCGCAAUCAGGCCGGGGGACCUCGUGUUGAUCACCGGUGCAACUGGGUCCGUCGGCGGCGCAGUUGCCAACGAGAUCCUUAAGGCAGGGUACCGCGUACGUGCGCUAGUGCGGGACGAGACCAAGGCUGGCUACCUGCGCGAGGCCUUCCACGCUCGUUACGGACAGGCCGCAUUUGAGACGCGCCUCGUGCAAGACCCGACUGUCCACACCGACCUUGUAGAUGCUAUGCAAGUCAAAAAAGGCUGCGCCGGAGUAGUCCACAUGGCAAGCAACACGUCCCUCUCCCCCGACCCGGAAGUCGUGAUCCCGUCCUCUGUCAACCUCGCAACCGCGAUGCUGCGCGCUGCGGCCGCUACUCCGACCAUCAAGCGGUUCGUGUUCACCUCGAGCACCUCGACCCUGCCCCCAUUCCUUGUCCCCAUCAACAACAACAACAACAACAUCAACAGCAGCGAGACGACGCACAGUGUCACAGUUACGGCCACAGGGCCCGAUUCAUGGGCCUCCGAGGAAACGGUACAGAAGGGCUGGGCAAAGCCCUACUCCCCGGCCAACGCGGGCGCCGUGUACGCGAGCAGCAAGAUCCUCUCUGAGCGCGCAUGCUGGGAGUUCGUUGCGGCCGAGAAGCCCAGCUUUGUGCUCAACACUGUCGUCCCCGCGACGCAGAUCGGCGAGCUUGUACACCCCAGCUUGGUGUCCAGCGCCAACGGUCUGCUGUGGAAGAUCUGGAAGGGCGGGCCGGAUGCGGAGCGGGUCAAGGGGCUGCUGCAUUUUGUUCGGGGGAGUAUUGGCGUGGGUGGAAAGGGAAGCUGUUUGCUCAAUCUCAGUGACUCGGGGCUUUUGCACCUUGCCGCGCUUACGCAUGCAGAUGUUCAGGGGGAAAGGGUGCUUGGAAUUGGGGAGGUGUUUGAUGGGAAUGAUGUCAUCGACUUCAUGAAGCGGAUGGAUCCUGGACGAGACCUGCCUGCCAAGGUUGGCAGUGGCGGGGACGUCGGAGCGAGUGAGAAGAUUCAAGCGGUCGUGGACAGGUCACAGACGUUGGAGCUUCUGGCGAGGUUUGGGCGGACGGGAUUUGUCGGGCUGGAGGAGAGUUUGAGGCAGAUGGUUGCGAGCGGCAGCCUUGAGGCGUGA